ACAGCCCGGAGGACCGUGCGAAGCACCCGGGCCAGAAGCGGACACCGAAGCAAGACUCGGAGGACUGUCCCGGGACGCUAAUUACGUGUCUCCGUGUCCGGAUUAUUACCGAUCGCCGGUCGUUAGCAACCGGAAUGCGCGCGGUGCGGCCGCUGUGUGUGUGCCCGCCCGCGCGUGCGUGUGUGUGUGUGUGUGUGUGCGCCGUCGGGAUUCGCGAAGCAGCGGCGUGGCGACGGGGCGAGGACGAUAUGCAGAUAAAUACUGCAUCUGAUUGAUGAGACACUCGCAUGGCUCCGCUGGCAGUGAAUGUGCGCCACAUUCCCGAUGCACCUCCACCUGCAGCCAAUGAACGGUGAUCCUGGGCUGAUGGGGAUUUGUUGCUUCGCCCUGUCUACCUCGUUUCAUUUAUUUUAAGCCAUUGAAUUGAAUGGAAAGGAGGUAUCAGAAGGAGCUGUACGCCACUUCACUGCUUUGCCGUAAUCUAAAAGGCCAAGUUCAUUCCAUGCAGGUGACACCUUGGUGCUUUUGUUUUGCGUGCAGGACACAAUUCAUAACAAGGGUUCAGGUGUCCUCAUGUUACAUUGAAUAAGGAUAGAUCCAAACCUGUGGCAUGCUUGAUCUCAAGAUGAAGGAAACCUGUCGCGUCUGUGGACGGGAGCUCUGCGGUAACCAGCGGCGAUGGAUCUUCCAUCCCGCCCACAAGCUCAACCUGCAGGUGCUGCUGUCUCACGCUGUCGGCCGAGAACUGACCCGGGACGGCAGAGGCGAGUUUGCCUGCUCAAAGUGCACCUUCAUGCUGGACCGCAUGUACCGCUUCGACACCGUGAUCGCCCGCGUGGAGGCCCUGUCCAUCGAGAGGUUGCAGCGUCUCCUGCAAGAGAAACACCGGCUGAGGCAGUGCAUCAGCGGGCUCUUCCGGAAAACCAACUCUGAAGAGGAUGCAGUGACGUUGCCUGGAGGGGAUGACGGAGCAGGAGACGGAAUGGUUGACAUUUCUGGUCUCACGCAUGCCAAGUACUGUGCCCUGCUACAAGAUGAUCUGGUCUACUCUUUGUAUGAGUCCUGGGCCGAUGACGGUCUGGACUGUCAACACCACCACCACCACCACCCUCAGAGUUCUGCUGGUCCAGAGUCUGAGGUUACAGUCGCAGGCUCACACCGCUGCGUUCCCAGCACUCCCAGGAAGUGUCGGGGUUGUUCCUACUGGCGGGUGGCGGACUCUGACUAUGAAGCGGUUUGUAAGGUGCCCAGGAAACUGGCACGGAGUAUUUCCUGCGGGCCGUCAUCCCGAUAUUCGGCCAGUGUUGUUGGAGGGAGCGUGACCGGCGGAGGAGGCGACGGAGAAGGAGAAAAGAAUAAUGUGGAGGAUUCGGAAGAACCGCCUUCCUCUUUAACUCUGGUCCCUGGUUCCCAGGACCCCUCGAGGUCAUCGGAUAGUGAUCGCACACUGGCCGGACGAGCCAGCUCCAGCUCCUCUGUAGCAUCCUUAGAGGCGACUGAGGAGUACAUUCAGCCUGCAGCUGACGGGCGGCUGAGGUCCCCCAGGGAACUCCUAGAUGACCGGAUGUCUGACUCCCUCUCCGAGGAGCACGUGGGAGCCUCACCUGGACCCGGCCUUUCCAUGGCCCUCUGUUUGCUGCAGAGCUGUGCCGCCUACCGGCCUGUCCUGAGCUGUAAGGGGAGCAAACUGCCAGUGCUGCUCCGACAAAGCUCCAGUAAUGGGGGCCCGAGGCAGGUCUUCCCUGAUCCCGUUCUGGGUGUGUCUUAUGGAGCUCCAGAGGGAGAAAGAGACAACCACGUGCCAACACCCGAGCUGGAGACCCCUCUGAUCAGACUGGUUGAUCAGGAUCUGAACCUGCCUCACAUGGAGGAUUUGUUGGAUGAUUUGUAUAGAGAGUAUCCUCCCCCGCGUCCUCACCAGAGCCUCGUCGAGGAGCAGCAGAGUCAACUGAACCAGUACGAGUGUGCAGCCAGCCAGUGUGUCAGCGAGCUGCAGAAGGCCCAGCUUCAGGUCCAAUCCCUGCAGGCCAAGAUCCACGAGAGCGAGGCCAACAACAUGAAGCUGCAGGAGAAGCUGAAUGAGAUGGAAUGUGAGCUGCGUUCAAUUCGCCAGGCUGCACAGAGCCAGGAAAGAACCAUCCAGGUUCUCACAGAGUCCUUCAGCACCAAAGACAGUGAGGCCCAGGAGCUGUACCAGCUGAUGGAGGAGCAGAACUCCACACUGUGUAAGCUGAGAGAAAUGGUCCACCGCAACCAGCUCGCUCAAUUUAAGGCACCAGAGGGGGUCAACGAGUCUGUGAUGCUUGCCAAGCUGCAAGGCGAGCUGGUGGGGGUGCAAAGCUCCUUGUUCUCCCUCGGGCUGGAGCUGGAAGCCAGCCAGAGGAGCCUGAGACAAAGCCAGAGGCAAGGAGACGACCUGUCGAGGUUCAAGGACAGACUCAACUCUGACCUGCAGGAGGUGCAGCAGCACAGGGAGGUCACCGAAAAGCACAACCAGCACCUGCGCGCCGCCCUUCAGAAAAGCCGCUCCGAGCUUCAGGCUAAAGAAGCGGCUCUGAAGGAGGCCGAGGCGGAGAGACGCGCCGUGGUGCAGGAGAACGAAAUGAGCAUCGCGCAGCUCAAACACUCUCUGCAGGACAAGGAGCAACAGCUACAGGAGUACUCGGAGAUGUUGGAUUCAACAGGAAGCUCCAAACCCAGAGACGCCCUGCUGGAGAAACUUAAGGAGCGUAUUAAGGACCGAGACAGAGCUCUGGAGCGCUCCAUCGAUGACAAGUUCCGCUGUGUGGAGGAGCGCGAGGGCCAAGUGAGGAGGCUGCAGCUGGCCCUCAGGGAGAAAGAGCGGGACCUGGAGAGACUCCGCUGCAUCCUGUCCAACAACGAGGAGACCAUCACGAGUCUGGACGCCCUUGUUCGCGGCAAAGAGCUGGAGCUGGAGCAGGCGGCGGAGGCCUACAGGAACCUCCAGUGGCUGAAGCAGCAGAGCGAGGAGAAGGAGAGAAACACCCUGCGAGAGAAAGAGGCCAUCAUAAGCCAGCUACAGGCAGCUCUACAGACACACAGCCUGGAGGCACAGGAUCUGACAGCAACCCUCGUCGCCAGAGUCCAGGCGGGUCCCACUGAGGUCGUAGAGGAGUUGAAGGCUCGGCUGGCGCUGAAAGAAAAACUCUUCCAGGAACUGAUCUCGGAUCGCAGCCGCCAGUCCAACGAACACCAAGCGCAGGUCCAGGAAAUGCUCGACACGCUCAGCUCCAAGGAUCAGUACCUGCAGGACUACUCCUACAGGCUCUCCCUCGUGAUUGGCGAGCGGACCGGUCAGCUGCAGGAGCUCCGCAGGCAGCUGUCCUCUGGAGAGCAGGAGCUGUGCGAGCUGAAACGGGACAAGGAGAGGGAAGCGGGAGGAGAGGCGGAGCACCUGCGGAGUCUGCUGAAGGAGAAAGAAGCCUUCAUCAAGGAGCUGAUGCAGGGCCAGGACGAGGCCAUGCAGCCGUCCUCCAAAGAGAGUGAGGCCGAGAUGAAGGCUCUCCAGGAAGAGCUGCAGCUGCUGCUGAAGAAAGACAGGGAGGCUCAGAAGGAGCUCUCUGCUCUGCGUCUGUCUUUGGCUCGCCAGCAGGACGCUUGCCUUGCCACUGUGCCUCAGUGUGUCCUGGAGCAGCUUGUGUCCGAGUACAACAAGCUGAACGACGCCCUGAGGGCGGAGAAGCGAUUAUACCAAAGUCUCACACACAUUCACACCAAGAGCGACCGCUCCGAGCAGACCCAGGCCCUCCACACCGAGCUAGACUCGGUGCAGGCGCUCCGCAGACAGCUAGAGGAGGUCCUGGCGAGGACCCGGGACACGGCCCUGAUGCUGGAUCGGGCAGCUAAAAAGCAGCCUGACUUUGGAGAGCUCAGCACAGACGAAGAAAGGGAGGAGGAAGAGGAGGAUGAAGGAGACGAUGAAGACGGCAGCAGUGACGAGUUUACGGACAGCAUAGAGGAGGAUGAUGAUAAAGUGACGGCCAGAAGUUUGCCCCCCAUUCAGGCUGGUGGAGCUGAUUCGAAGCAGCUAGAGGAAGCAAGAAGACAGCUUAAAGAAGUAACGCUGCAGCUGGAGAGGGAUGGAUACGCCUCAGUGGCUCACAUGAGGAGUGCCCUGCAGAGGUUGCAGCAGGAGAACCGGGCUUUGAAAGGAACCAGAGGACAAGCCGGAGUUGUGGGAUUGGGGACAAAUCACAGCAGUUUGAAUCAGGAAAAGGAGAUAGAGGAGGAGGGAGAUAAUGAGGAAGAGGGCGAAGAGGGGGAAACAUCUCUGUUGCUGGUGGGGAAGCGAGGUCAUCCGUGUGCUGGUCUGAAUGACCAGCGAGGGAAGAGGCUCUGCAAGGGCCCACCGUCCCCGAGGUCCCAUCAUCACACACACCAGCCCGAGACGGAGGCGGAGCCUGUCGGUGACGGCAGCGAGGAAGGAGCGCUCUGGCAGGACGCGGAGGAGGGCCUCCAAGAGCAGGCGGCCCGCCUGAGCUCCGAUCUGGCUGCGAGCCACCAGGAGAACGGAGAGCUGCGGGAAAGGCUGAUGGUGUCGGAAGCCACGGUGCACGCUCAGGCCGAACAACUGAAGGACUACAGAGACCUGCUCACUGAGACAUCAGUCCAGCAGGCCAGCAAGCAGGUGCAGGUGGACCUCCAGGAUCUGGGUUAUGAGACUUGUGGCCGCAGUGAGAACGAAGCAGAGAGAGAAGACGCCAGCAGCCCAGAGUUUGAUGACCUGGAGAUGUGCACGUCACUGUCCCACCAACAGGACUACGAGGGCGCGGGCGGCAGCUGGUACGCCGGCGGCAGUAACGCGGGUGAGAUGGAGGACGAGUCCGCCUCUCUGCAGCCUCUGGUGCAGGAUCUCCGCUCGCAGCUCAGCCGCUGCCACAAGGUGAUCCGCGGGCUGCAGCUACGCGUCCGCUCGCUGUCCACCACCAGCGACUACGCCUCCAGCCUGGAGCGAACGCCACGCAAGGUAAACUGGGCCUUCGAGACGUCACCAGCCCCCAGCGGCGUGGAGGAGGAUGAAGGCUGGAUGUCGGACACCCAAGGCAUUCUGUCGGGGCCCAAACCCAGCAGGGAGCUGAAGGAACUGAUGGCUCGGGUUGCGUCACUGGAGGCGCAACUGAAGAGCUCGAGACUGGAAGACAAGAUCCAAGCAGAGGAGGGGAAAUGCGCCACCUGGCCCGGGAAGUACAACUCCCUGAUUCAGGCACAAGCUCGUGAGCUGUCCCACCUGAGGCAGAGGAUGAAAGAGGGGCAAGGAGUCGGCCACAUCCUCACCCAGCACCUGGGCGAUACCACCAAGGCCUUCGAGGAGCUGCUGCGGGCCAACGACAUUGAUUACUACAUGGGUCAGAGCUUCAGAGAGCAGUUGGCACAGAACUCGGCCCUGGCACAAAGAGUGGUCACCAAGAUCACCGGACGCGACCGCGCAGAGAGCCACGAGGACAAGGCUGGCCAUGAGCUGCUUGCCCUGCGGCUGAGUAAAGAGCUUCAGCAGAAAGACAAAAUCAUCGAGUCCCUGCACACCAAGCUGCAGCAGCGUCCAGAGACCCCGUCCAGCUGCCACGCCCUCUCCGAGACCACCGACCAAUCAGACAGGACGUCCUUGGUGUCUGAUGAGUACAGAACCAAUGAGGACUUGGAGCUGUCCUCCGACUUAGACGCCAAAGAGUAUCAGGAGGAGCGCGAGCUGGAGCAGCCAGGACAAGGAUCCGAACACGAAGCCCAUCCACCUAUCCUUCAUCCUCAUGGCUUCCUUAAGUCCUCCAGCAGCUGUCCCAACAUGCGUUGCUCAGCCCCUGUGAGUUUGACCAGUCCGCCCUUUGCAGCCCUUUUCAAAGAGCCCGUCUCCCACUCCUACUCUUUCCCCUCUGGCCCUGACGUCUGGGGGAACAAAGUCAUUUCUGACCCCCGGCCCAGGGCCCUGUCCGUGAUCGCUGUUCGCCCAGAGCUCGACUCGCUGUACAAACUGAUGAAUGAGCAGAGCAGGGGCUAUGCAGAUCCCCAUGAAAAGGCUCUGUUCACUCUCAGCCCGGGUCCCCACAUGCAGCAAUCCCAUCAAGCCUGUCAACAGUACCUGCUGGGUGGCAUUCCCGCAGGCCGCUCGAUAAAGUCCGACUCGGGUCUCGCGAGGGGGCGGGCUUUGUGGGACGUGGACAACGCGGCUCAGCCAGUUGGAGGCUACUCUGGAUCGUCGGCUCCCCAGCAGGGAAGCGGCUACGCAGGGGUGAAUUUGAUAGAGGAGCACCUGCGGGAGGUGAGGUGUCUGCGACAGCGUCUAGAGGAGUCCAUUAGGACCAAUGAGAGGCUCCGACAGCAGCUGGAAGAGAGACUGAACUCAACCGGCCGCGAUGGAGGCGCGCCAACAAACAUCUACAUUCAGGGACUGGACACUGUCGCUCAACUGUCCAAUGAGAUCCGAGUCCUGAAGGAAGAAAACUUGGGCCUAAAGUCACACCUGCAGGCCAGCACAGACACUUGUGAGGAGGUGGUGCAGUUGCGGGAGGCGGUGUUUGCAGCACGCGCCCGCCUCAAACAAGCAGAGCUUGAGGCAGAGCAGUGGAAAGAGGAGCUCAGGCGACUUCAGGCCCACACCCAGGAGCAAGGACAGCAGAUACACAUAUUAAGGCAGGAGCGGCAGGCCAGUCAGGAGAAAACCAACAGGCUCCAGCAUGAUGUGUCUCUACUGCAACAGCAGCUAUGUGAGAGCAGAGAGCUCAUUCACUCCCUGCAGAGUGAACUGCAAGUGUACGACCGAGUGUGUUCCAGCACAAAGGCCAACAAAGGCUUCCUGUGUGAGCUCCCGGGUCUACCGGUGGAGCUGGGGGAGCUGCUCGCCGAGGUGAGGAGCCUGCGAGCCCAGCUGCAGAACAGCGUCCAGGAGAACAGCGCCCUCAAACAGCUGGAGCUCCACAAGCAGCUGGAGCAGAAGCUGGGCGUGGGCUCCCCUCGGACCCCCUCCCUCUCCGCCCUCACUGCCAGCCCUCAGAGAGAGAACUUCUACCGGCGACAGCUGCUGCACGACCCAGCUCCGUCUCCACCGGUCAGGGACAUCGGCCUGUUUAACUGUGGAUCUCCCGGUCCUCCCUACUCGGACCUGGAUGACAGCCACAGCACUGCCAAUGACCCUCUUGACCCUCACUCUGAGCUGGAGGGGGAGGCCCCCGACGGAUCGUUUGCAAACCGCAACGGCCGCCACGCCAUCGGUCAUGUGGACGACUUCAGCGCUCUGCAGCAGCAAGUCCUGGAGGGCAAAGGCCUGGUGCAGCGCAUGGAGACGACCCUGCAGGCCUGCCUCGGACCGCAGCUGCUGGAGGGCAACCAGAAGCAACGUAGUGAGCUGGUCCUGGACUACGGGUGUGUGAAGAGUCUGCUGUCCAACACCAAGACUCUGAGACAGAUCCUGGAGGAGGCCAUGUCCCUGCUGAGGAUGUUCUGGAGAGCAGCUCUUCCCAGCACGGAUCCCUCGAUCCAGAACCUCAAGAAGGAGCAGAACAUGCAGGAGGAGAUCUUGUCGCUGAGACUGCGUAUGUCGGAGCAGGAAGAUGUCCUUAAGGGGACGAUUCACCGACUGAGGAGCACCAGCCGCACCAAGGAGAACAUGGAGCACUUCAUUGUCAACCAGUUGUCAAGGACGCGUGACGUCCUGAAGAAGGCAAGGACAAAUUUAGAGAAGAAUGAGCUGAGACUCUCCUCUCUAAGCUCCUCCUCUUCCUCUCCUUAUGAUGUUGAGGACGCAGGAGUUUCUGCCGGACAGGGGCCUGCUGAUCGCACUUUCGUGAGGACCGGCGGUGCUUCCGGAGCGGCAGCCAAUCAACGCCCGGCUGCGAGGAAGCGCAGCAGCCAAUGCCUGCAUUAGACUUUUAAAGAACCAGCCUCCAUGCCACCACCUCUGACCUCUGACCUCUAUGCUGAAACACCCUCCUCACCCCACAACCACCCCAGCCUAACGUCCCACCAUGCGUCCUUGCGUCCGUCCGCAGUAUAAUCGGCCUCCUGAGGCUCCCACCACGUGUGUCAUUGUCUUUGAGUGAUGCCGUCGGCAGAAGGCCUCAGCGUGUGUGUGCGUCUGUGUGAUGAAGGUGUUUGAAUGGUGCCUCUGGUGGUUUUAGUGAAGUGCGUCCUACUGACGGAGCUGGUUGAGGAUGCUCCCAGAGCGCUGAUCUCAGACCAGGUUUGUCCCCUCGAUCUGGUUUCAGCAGAGACCCUUUUGGUUGUAUUACAGAAACUUUCAAGUUAAUUAUACCAGUUUAAGAGCUUUUCAAAAUAAUAUAUUUAGAUGGGAUGGUUUACAUAUUGGGAAAAAUGAACUGUAGACAUGAGGUCAUUUUAUUUGCAAGUUCAAAUCAGAGGUUUCUAUAGUAAACCCCCUGAUCUGUGUCUAGGAGCAUCUUCUUUUGAGAGCCAGACAGCGUGCGGACAGAACAGAUGGUCAUGCAUGUUUAAUCGUGGCUUGAGGAAGGACACGCCGUGUGUGUGUGUGUGAUCAAAAACUGCUCACUCAAAGACAUCCAAACUUUGACAGAAGUGCAAGUUUACUUAUUGCGGCACUUUUACCAAGGAAUUUAUUAUUUAAUUCAUCAAAUAUAUUAUUAUUUUUGCAAAUGCGAAGAACAAAGACACCCACGUUGUAACCCUAGAAACAGUGGACAGGACGUAGGCGUGUAGUUGCAUCUGUAAUGGGGGGAGCCGAGGGGUUGAAAAGGGGAACAGAGUCAGAGAAAGGUUCCAUUUCAGUCACAAACCUCCUCUUCUACAAUUCUAUCAGUGCUUGAAAUAGAAGUACUGAAAAAAAACGAGGGAGACAUUUUAAAUUUAUACUUGAGGUUUCAAAAAGUCAGUCAAAUAUUUUUCAUUUCUGAGCAAGAAGUACACAAAAAUAUGUAGAAAUAAAUUUAAGAAAGAGGUUAAAGUGCUGAAAUGGAACCAGGCUAAACACGCGUAUUCAAGCUCCUCUGUAGGAGUUCUCAUACGAGCAUGUGCAAUAAUGUUUCUUCAAUGAUAUUCUGCACCAGGUUUUUGUUUUCUUUGCUUUACACCGGAUACUUUCUACUGGAUGGUAGGACGGGACAGUGGAUUGCCAGUAGCCUACUUGCCAAACUUUGAACCUUGAACUCUUCACUUUGACUUGACUUGCCUUACCCAUGCGAAUGACAAACCCGGGUCGAAUCGGAGCGCAGGGAUACCAAGUGAGGGCCUCCAGAACCACUGAGACGCUAACUGUUAAGACAGCUGCGUCAGUACACCUCGAAUUGUGACGACGAAAUGAGCUCCUUUUUUGGACCAAAAUUGUGGAUUUUCCCACCUGGCCGUGUUUUAUUGUCUCUGUAUUAUUUCCCUUGGUUCAGCAUUCCCACGGCGACGGCAAUUUAGGUCAUGAAGAUGUUAUGGAUGAUGCAAACUUUGGCAGACUACUGGUGGGAUCAUUGAUCCUUCAUUCAUUCAGUUUGAAGAGUUCUUGCUGUACAUUAGCCAUCUUGUGCUGUAAAUAACCUGCUUGUCUGUAUGAACUUUUGGGUGAAUUUGUGAGUGCGCGCUUGUGAGUGCGUGUUUUAAAAAAAAAGACAUCCUACAUUUGCAAAGUUGAUUUUCUGGGUCGCUGUGCAAUAGCUUUAUGUGUUUUAUUUUGAUGUUAAACAUCACUGUAAUACGAGUGUGAAUGUUGCAUUCACUUCCUGCGACGUAUGAUUUAUGUGUUAGAGGAAUAUGUCGCAUAGGCUGGUAAGAAAUCCCCAACGAUGCCUUCAUAAUAACUUAGUCACGGAUCCCUACAUCCUCCUCCUAUAACAAAGCCCUGAUUAAUGUUGCUUCGCUUGCCUUUCAAUUUGUUAGCUUGGGAGCUUCUGCGGUAGCGUUGGCCUCGAACUCGCGCUCAUCUACCUGAGAUCUGCCAAAUUAGGUCUGUUUGCGCUCGAGUCUUCCAACAAAAAGUUGGCAUGUAUUUCAAUGGAUUUAAAAAAAAAAAAAAGUUUGAUACUUCCUUUUGAAAUUUAAAAAGCCAAAAGGCAAAGAUUUUGGAAAAAAAUGUCUGCUGUCAAAAGAAAAAGCCAAUGACUGGAAAGAUUAUGAUCCACAAAGCACCUUGUUAGAGCUCUUUGUUGUUAAGGGAAUCAAGCAGCAGUCCAAGUAUUGUUGGUCCUGAUUUUCGUAUGCAUAUACUGCUAUUUGAUUGGUGCAGCUUCGAUGUGAUAGGAAAGCAGUUUUUUCUGAGUUUGUGCAUAAUGAACUAGAAAGCCGAUACAGGACUCGUAUGGAUCCCGUCUCUGAUGACGUCAACAGUGUGCUGUGUUGGCAAAGUGUUACCAGUGAACGAUUUAAGAAUUAAUAAAAACACUCAAAGAUUG